AUGGGGCAGCGUAUGAAAUUUAGUGCCUUCCACAUAGUCACUUUGGCGUUGGCUGCGGUUCUUGGGAUCUCUAUCUGGUCACUAUGGUUAGGAGUUAACAGUGAUAGAGACAACAUCCAUCCACUGCUCAAUCAACUAAUCCCCGCUGGCCACUGUGCUUGCCACACUGCUGCUAUCUUUGAGUGUGACAGCUGUCUUCGAUGCCCCGCCCAGUUGCCCUUUCAUGACACUGUUUCCUCGUCCUCUGCACCUCCCACGCGAACUUUCUUUGAUCCGCUUGAGUAUUCAUACAAUGAGACUCAGUGCACCACUCUCUUCCCGGGCCUUUUUGAAGAUCCCAUCCGCGCCCAGUCAUUCUGGACAGCCAGGCAUGGAAUCAAGAGGAUUGAUAUUGACAAUAUCAAAAUGGUAGACGGCAUGGCUAGGGUGGCUAUCUACCAAGGACGGCUUUAUGUCCUUAGAGCUCUGGCGAAGGGGGAGGAUCACCGCCGUAAGAUUCUAGGGAUCUUGGCUUCAAUUCAUCGCUCCCUCGUCUCGGCUCCACAGCUCGCUGUCAUGCUAAACACGGAAAUUAUCUUUUCUGUUGAAGACAAAUUGGAGGACGUUGCUGGACCAGAUCAUCCGCUCUGGGUGUUGGCACGGAAGGCUACUGAAGAAUCUGUAUGGCUUAUGCCAGACUUUGGCUUCUGGUCUUGGGGCCACAUUGAUACUCAGAUUGGGCCAUAUGACGAGGUAGUCAAACACGUGGAAGAGCACGAGCUCCCGUGGGACGAGAAAGAGAACAAACUGGUCUGGCGUGGAAAGCUCAGUUUCGCCCCGAAGCUACGACGUGCCCUACUCGAGAUUGCACGGAAUUACGCCUGGGGAGAUGUGAAGGAGGUCGAGUGGAAGAACGAGGCCAACUACCUUAGCAUGGACAAGCAUUGUGAUUACCGGUUCAUCGCUCACGUGGAAGGUCGGUCCUACUCAGCGUCUCUCAAAUAUCGCCAAGCCUGUCGAUCGGUAGUAGUGAUUCAUAGAUUACAAUAUAUCCAACAUCACCACUAUCUUCUUGUCUCGUCCGGUCCGCAGCAGAACUUUGUUCAGGUGGAGAGGGACUGGACGGAUCUACCGCACAAGAUCCAAGAGCUUCUCGAUAACCCUAUCAAAGCUCGCAUGAUUGCAGACAACAAUGUGGAUGUAUUUCGCGAGCGAUAUCUGACUCCAGCUGCUGAUGCAUGCUACUGGAGGGCGUUGCUGCAGGGGUGGACCACUGCAUCGCCUCAGAUCACCGAAACUAUGAGUGACCCAACCAAUGUCUCUAACAAAGGCAUUCGGUACGAAUCUUUUUUACUGCUAGAUCCAAGCAACAUGAUGCGCUUUAGGCCUUGA